AUGUUUACAGCAGAUAAAAUCGAUGAUAAUGAACUUAAUAAUAAUAAAAUAACACAUAUUUUAACCAUUCUUGAUUAUAAACCAAAUUAUAUUGAUAAUAAUCGAACAUAUUUAUAUAUUUAUGCUGAAGAUUUACAAUCAACAGAUUUAUUAACAAAUGAUUUUGAAAAAUGUUUUCAAUUUAUUGAUAAUACUAUAGAACAAGGUCAUCAAAUAUUAAUACAUUGUCAAUCAGGUAUAUCACGUUCAGCAACAAUAACUGCAAUGUAUUUAAUGCGUAAAUAUUCUUUAACACGUGAACAAGCAAUUGAAAGAUUAAUUGAAAAACGACAUAAUUGGAUGAUUAUGCCAAAUGAUGGAUUUUUAAAACAACUUGAUUUAUUUUAUCAAAUGAAUUAUAAAAUUGAUAAAGAAAAUCAACUUUAUCAAGAAUUUCAAUGUAAACGUUUUGAUUUAAUUGAACAAAAAACUAGUACAUCAAAAUUUAUAUUAAAUGAUGAAAAUGAAAAAGAAUAUAAAUGUCGAAAUUUUCAUUGGAAAUUAUUUACUAAUAAUGAUAUUCAAAUACAUGAAGAAAAUUCAAUAAAUAUAUGUGAUAAUAAAACAAAAAUAUUCACAUAUUUUCUUGAUUGGAUUGAUGAUAUAUUUGAUAAUUCAUUUGGUAAAAUAAUUUGUCCAAAUUGUAAAAUUAUUUUAGGUGAAUAUUCACUUCAUGGUAUACAAUGUAAUUGUCAUCAAUGGAUAAAACCUGCUUUUGUAUUUCAAUGUCAAUUUAUUGAAUAA